GUAAACGUUAGGGAAAUUUCAUGGCCCCCCCCCCCCACCGCCGCCUGUACAGUCGUUAUGGCGGCGUGAAGAAUCGACAGGUGUCUGCAAACUUUCUCUGCUCGCGGCUCGCCAUCCGUCUGUUUCAUUAGUUUGACACCGAUUUCCAUUUGCGGGCCAUAUGCUACUGCAGAAUUACCUGCCGAAACUCGAAUUACCCCCCUAUAUGUGCCCGUCGAUUCGGCUAAUCGAUCAUGAUCUAGACAUUAUGUGACAUUGGGAGCUCGCGACUUUUUAAACCUUUUAAAAGAGCCGAAUUAGCGAGAAAAUCACGAUCGGCUAAACAUUGACUAUUCUCAUCAUGGACAAAGUCUCUUCCAUAAAAUGUUAAAAUAAUGGUGCUAUCAUUUAAAUGUAGUGUGAAAUCACGAAUUCGUGCGCCAUUCAAUAUAUUUCAAUUCCAAUCACGCACACCUUUCUGUGAAAGUGGCAACUCCGACUUGGUCUCUGAAAAUUUCGUCUGCUUCGACACGUUUUUGAAUACUUUGCCCAACAUUUUAAAGCAGCAGUAUAAAUUAUAAACAUGUCAGGCAAUGAGCUUUUAUCCGAUCAAGGUUUAAGGAUUGAUGGCCGAAAACCCAACGAAUUGCGCAGGAUUCGCUGCUCACUUGGCAUUUUCUCUCAAGCUGAUGGUUCGGCUUAUUUGGAACAAGGAAAUACUAAAGUUCUAGCCGCAGUUUACGGACCUCAUGAAAUUCGGGGUUCAAAAUCAAAAGCGUUGCAUGACAAAGCAUUUGUCAACUGUCAGUACAGCACAGCAACUUUUAGUAUGGGAGAGAGAAAGCGCAGACCCAGGGGUGAUCGUAAAAGCACUGAAAUGUCAACACACUUGGAAGAGACCUUUGCUGCCGCUAUAAGGACUGAACUGUAUCCUAGAUCUCAAAUUGACAUAUUUGUAGAGGUCUUGCAAGCCGAUGGGGGAAAUUAUACAGCGUGCGUCAACGCAGCAAUGAUGGCCCUGGUCGAUGCCGGCGUUCCUCUGAAAGACACGGUCGUCUCUUGCACUGCCUCUCUAGUUAAGGACGUCCCUCUUGUAGAUGUAAAUCACGUUGAACAAAGUGGAGGUAGCCCGGAAUUGGUCGUUUCCAUUCUGCCGCAUUCGGGAGAGAUAGUUUACAUGUCGCUAACUCAACGAUUCCAUAUCGAUCACCUCAGCAAAGUUUUGGAUACUGCUAUCAAAGGAUGUAAGGAUAUUGGUGCCAUUUUGAAUGAAAUUAUGAAAGGGCAUCUAACGAAAUUAGACACUUCGUUACAAGCAUCUUGAGAACCAAAAAAUAAAAAUAAAUGAAUGGAAUUUGAA